CGGGCGGUGCCCGGCGGUGCGGGAGGCGGUGCGGCGGGCGGGCAUGGCGAGCUGCCGGCGUCUGAGCGGCGCGGGGCUGCGGGAGGUGCUGGGCCCGGCGCAGGGGCUGCUGUUCGACUGCGACGGCGUGCUGUGGGCGGGCGAGCGCGCCGUGCCGGGCGCCCCGGAGCUGCUGGAGCGGCUGCGGCGUAGCGGCAAGGCCGCCUUCUUCGUCAGCAACAACAGCCGCCGCUCGGUGGCCGAGCUGGAGCGGCGCUUCGCCCUGCUGGGUUUCCGCGGGGUGCGCGCCGAGCACAUCUUCAGCUCCGCGCUCUGCUCCGCGCUCUUCCUGCGGCAGCGCCUCCUCGGCGACGGCGGCGCCAGCGGCCGCGUCUUCGUGCUGGGCGGCGAGGGGCUGCGCGGCGAGGUGCGCGACGCGGGGCUGCGCCUGCACGGGGACGGGGCCGCCGAGCCCGUGCGCGCCGUCCUGGUGGGCUACGACGACCAGUUCACCUUCGCCAAGCUGGCGCAGGCCUGCGUCUACCUGCGCGACCCGCGCUGCCUCCUGGUGGCCACCGACGCCGACCCGUGGCACCUGCUCAGCGACGGUCAGCGCACCCCCGGGACUGGCAGUCUCACAGCCGCGGUGGAAACUGCUUCGGGCCGCAGGGCACUAGUGGUGGGGAAGCCAAACACGUACAUGUUUGAUUGCAUCAUGGAGCGUUUCGGCAUUGACCCGUCCCGCACCCUCAUGGUGGGAGACCGUCUGGAGACAGAUAUCCUCUUCGGCAAGAACUGCGGCCUCUCCACCAUCCUCACCCUGACCGGUGUCUCCCGACUGGAGGAGGCGCAGGCCUACAUGGCCAGCGACAGCACUGCUGCCAAGGAUCUGGUGCCCAAUUACUAUGUGGACAGUAUUGCAGACUUGAUACCAGGCCUGGAUGAGUAGCAGUCUGCACGUGUGAGGGCAGAGGGGUCAGGUUCCCCAUCCCAGAUCUCCAUCUGUUCCCAUUUCUUUCACUGCCCUAUUCCCUCAAGUCCUGGUUUCUUCACAUUCCAACGCCCUACUUUAUGGGCAGAAAGCAGGAGUGGUAUGGCAGGAGAGGCCAGGGUUCAAGUUGUCUCCUUUCUGCUGAAAGCUAUCCAUGAUGGACAGAGUGCUUCCUUCCCUCAUAUGCCAGUUGCCAGCAUCUCUCAGAGAGAACUGGAGGCCUUGAGGCUGACAGGGGGGGUCAGGUCAGUGUGUCUGUGUGGUCUCUUCCCCUGCAGGGGUUAGGGACCAGCUUUCUUAUUAUUUUUCGCUUAGAUAACCAGUGGCGGCCUUUUACUGCUGUUCCUUCACUUGCAUAACUCUCAACUUCUAAGCUGCAUCCCUGCAGUCCUUACGGUAAUCCCCUCCUUCCCAGGGGACUGGCUGACGUUGUCACCAGGUCUCCAUCAGUGCCAGGGCAUGUGGAAGGAGGGUACCAGAGCGAUGAAAGCGAGCCUCUCUGCCUUCCAUCGUGAAAGGCAGUAUCACUUCAUCUUUUCUCCUUUCCUUAAAGUUGUUUCCCUCACCACCCCCUGUCCCAUCUCAGCUGAUAACUGUGCCGGUGUCCACCUGAAGGACUAUAGAAAGGGAAGAGACUGGUUUGAGGGUUUUUUUUUGGUGCCAGAUGAGCUGUGGAUGCACACAGUGGGUCUGUGGAUUUUCAAGCACCUGUUCUAAAGGGGCUUGUGAAGACGAGAGGGCUCUUAGGCCACAACAGAACAGCAGCAGUGAGCUGUACGACUCUCCCCGAUUCCCCCUUCUCAGUGGAUGUUGCCAUAGUACAGUGAGAGAAAAGGGCUGAUGGGGAUCUGUGCUCAGGCUGCUGGUGUGAGGGUGAGAUAGUGGUGGUAUUGUCACUGCUGUGAAUGUGUAGCAGCCCUCAAAAUCAUUCCUUGUAUCUUUGUCUUUCUAAUUUUUUUAUUUAUUUCUUGAUGUUAUUUAUCAAAUUAUUGUUCAAAUAUUGUAUUAUUUGUAUAAACUAUGCUGACUGAUUGCACCAAGGGGACAGGAAGUGGUGCCUUUGGGCUUCCCUUGCUGUCCGUGUCCCAUGUCGAUGUUCUUACACUCGCCGUGUCUCUGUAUAUAAUAAAGUGUGAGCGUAGGCUGGAAA